UGAUCCGGAGGGGCGAAGGCUCCUCGAUGUUCUCCAUCACCGACACAAACAGCACCCCGGGCGAUACGGCUUUAACAGGCUGUGCGCGCUCCCGCGGACGCUAAAGCGGUCUCGGCAGACGGUCACUUUUGGGCACGACACCGGCUCUGAGACCACGUCCGCUGCCGGCUCGAUGCCGGAACACCAGUGUCCCCCGUUCCGUGAUCGUUCCUUUUUAUACAGGUCGGCGAGGCGGAAUAACGGCGCAACAUUCCCGCCUUGGACAGGCUGUAUAAAUGGGGCUUAGCACGUCUUCUUCCGGCUCAGAAAUGUGACGUAAAGGGCGCAAAUAUACAAGGGAGGUCUUUGUAGUAAGUUGAGAGCUUCAGCUGCAGCAUUCUCUACAAGAGAGAAGAUGCACAACUGGCAGGAGAACGAAAUCAAAGAACUUCUGACCAUCCGGGGCUCGGAGGCGAUCCGCAACCAGAUCACGGGCACGGUGAAGGACUCCGUAGUUUACAACAGGAUGACCAAACUGCUGGCGGAGAGGGGGGUGUACAGGUCACACAUGCAGGUGAUCAGCAAGCUGAAGGCGCUGAGGAAGCAGUACAUCAAGUACCACCAGCAGAAGACCCGAUGCGGGAGCGACCGCGUCGACUGGCCGUUUUACGAGCAGUGCCACAGGGUUUUCGGGAGUGCCCCCGCGGGGAACCCGGUGAAGCGGCAAAGGAGUCCCACACCCCCACCUGCCUCCUCGCCCCCGCCGCCGCCGCCGCCACCUCCUUCACCUCCGCCGCCGCCGCCGCCGCCAUCUGUCCUCAGCGAGGAGCAUCAGGAGGUUGUAGUCGGCCUCUGGGACGAAGUUGACAAACAUCUGGGUCCGGUGGAGGCAGAGGACGACGAGGACCAGUACAGCCCAUCGGAACAGCUACACACCAUUAACGCCACAUACAAAGUUCCAUCGAAGAAAAAGAAAACAACAGUAAUGGAGCAAGUCUCUGCUCUAGUGUCAGCGACAGUCGCCCAGCUCAGGGAGAUGGACGCCGCCAUGCAGGCGCAGGAGGAUGCCCGGCUGCAGAGGUUAAUGGACCACGAGAAGGAAAUGCAGAACAAUCUAAUGAGUCAGUUCGUAGCCAUGCACGAACGGAUCAGUCGAGAAAACCACGAGAGACACCUUGAGUUCGUGGACAGGAUGCUUUCUAGGUUCCCUUCACCUUCGGCGCCUUCAGGUCGCUGACUGCCGCUUCCUGUGUGAAUGACGACAUCGUACAACAGGGUUAUUUAGGGAACACUUCUGACUCUCUCCUGCACCAGCUGACUAGUGCCUGAGCCCCCAUUACUUUUAUUUUCACUGGAUUUAAAAAUAAUUCACUGAGAUCAUCUUGCCUUUAAUCUCAACUCUGCUCGCCUGCAGCUCAUACAGAUCCAGGUUAAAAACAGGCCACGCUCACACUACAGGCCCUCAUGCUCUGUUCUGAGUCACUGCUCGUGUUUUUAUCUGUUUAGUUAACCCAUAGACAUAACAUACCAUGAAAUACCAUUGUAAACUGACAGUGGUGUUGAAAAGACAUGAGUGCACAGGAACAAAAACCAGACGCUAAUUUGAAAAACGACAGAGACACGGCACCACGAUCCACUCUAGCAUCAUUAUUCCACUUCUACAAAAACAAUUUGUCAAAUGCAUAUUGUAAUGCAAUUUUGGCAUGCAAUAUGUCGAAAAUGUUUGCGGCACACCUUUGAAUCUUUUAAACUCAAAAUUCAAUAUCACACUGGACGCUAUAGAACACCUAUAACUAUAAGGGCCAGAUGAUGAAGUCGGUUUCCAUUGGCUAGCCAGGCUAUGAAUUGGUGAAUUUGUACUAAAUUUAUUAUCGUGCAGAGUAUAACAACCAUAACCAAUGAUUUAAAGAUGUGUUAAAAUAAAUGUGUUCAUUUAAAAUGGGUUAAUUUAACAUUUCUGACCCUACUGACUCAGAGCAUGCGCAGAAAUCUGCCGAAUGUGUGAAUCAGCUCAUCCACUGAACUCAGCGUCAGGUUUAGUCACGUCUCAUCCUCAGCUUCUCCCAAUCUGAGUUUGCCACCCCAUCUUCAUUUUUUGCCAUGUGUGCAUGUAGAGUAAAUCUGAGUUGAUACCAGACUUAUGCUGUAAGCGGGUUGAUCAGAAAACAGCAGAUCUGCCACGUGUGGCUGAACAUCUGAAUUUGGGGACUUAACACCUGCAGUGCGACCACAGUCUUCAGUCUGCAGGAAGGAAGACACGUGGGUCCCAAAAAAAAAAAAAAAAAUGUGGUGUGUUAUCUGACGUAUGGAUGGCAGAACGUUUCCUCUGCUACCACCUCAGCUGAUCAUGUUGGUGUGAACGGUGAACCAAACUCCUCAGCAAAAGCAUAGCAGGUCGCACCGGCAGCGGCGGCCUUUUGUUGUAGGAAACUCUUUACUAAGCAUUUGCUUUCAUUUGGGAUCAUUCAUAUGCUGGAAGAGCGAUUCAACAGCGUGACUUCAGUAAAUAAUGACAGUUACUGCACAACAUGGCUGUUAACGCUGUUGAGAUUUGGCAGUUAGAGAAAGCGUGGCCGGGUCAUUGAUGUUCAUUUCAUGUUUCAGCCGUGUCACCCAGUAGGACAGCCUACAGGGACAGGAAGCCAGAAUACACCGCUGUAACAUUGUAGUAGAAGAAAAAUAGCUCUUUAGUGGUUCAUGAAUGAUAGUCCAUUCAUAACACAGGUCAUAAAUGAUGUAUGGGGAUGGAUAAUGUAAAAAAAUUAAAAAAAAAAAACACUAACUGGUAAAGUUUAAAAUUCUGAGCUUUAUUAGAGAUACCAUUUAGAAAUACUGUGCAGUUGCCUUGAACCAACCAAUAUGUAUGUACAAACUAAGUAUAUAAAGUAAUUUGCGGUAAGCUCUUGAGUCGCUGUUCUAGGUGUCAUUCUUGGCUGACACGAAAUUCCCGGUUGCGUUUACUGUCGUCAGCAAUCCGGGAGAAAACGUGUCAUUGAGGAAAAACACCACCUGCAUCGGACUGUGACCUGAAACAAACCAAAAUUCAGUCAUUACGCAACGGUAUCCCAUUUUCAAAAUGGCAACACGGCAUUAAACUGCCAUAAUGGUGUUAGUUUCACUUUCUUAUUUGAUGUAAUUCAAACAAAACUGUGGUCCUACCUUAAAAUCGACCAGUAGUGAGCAGGUAGCACUAGCUUUUAUGAAACAGAAUGGGUACACUAAAUAUAAGCUAAAUAGGCUUUGGUUUGUUCAUGUGGCUCAGUCAGCUGGGAUGUGUAAUUACAUUGUAGAUACUUUUAUACUGUUCUGUACUGUUACUAGUGGUUUACUGUUUUAAAUUUAUUGUUUUUUUGUUUUGUUUUUUUCCCCUUAAACGAACAAUAAAGUUUUCAGCUGAAAUAA